AUGUUGACCCCGGUUCUCCAUUCAGGAGUGAUCUGCAGAAUAGCAGACGUGUCUCCUCGAGCCGGCGCCGAGAAGGGACCGGAAGCGAUCAUGCAAACCGGGGUCUUUCAGGAGAUCGCUACCAAAGCCAACCUGGCCAUCGAUUUCGAUGUCUUGGCGGCUGUACCUGCCACCGCCGACCACACAGAGGCGAAGGAAAAGGAGGAGGGGGGACUGGUGAGUGCAGCGGUGCAGCGCGUGAGCAGUGCAGUCUACCAGCACGCUCGCCGAGGACGGUUUGUGCUGACGGUGGGGGGCGACCAUUCCAUCGGGGCGGGGACCGUCACGGGGACCGCAAAGGCCCUCCGCGACCAAUUCGCCGGCCAGCAGCAGCAGAGACAGCAGGAGCUGGGUGUGCUCUGGAUUGACGCGCACGCCGACAUCAACACCCCCGAGACUAGCAGGAGUGGCCGCCUCCACGGCAUGCCCGUCGCGUUCGCGUCGGGCCUUGCCCCCUGGCCCCAGAGCGGCCACCGCAUCAAUUUGCGGAGGUUCGUCUACAUAGGUCUCCGGGAUGUCGACGAGGCGGAGAAGGAGCUCAUUGCCCGUCAUCAGGUCAAGGCCUUUACGAUGGAGGAUGUGAACCGGCUGGGAAUUGACAAGAUCAUGGACGCCGCCCUGGAUCAUCUGGGCCCCGACACGCCGAUCCACGCCUCGUAUGACAUCGAUUCCCUAGACCCGGAAUGGGCGCCUUCCACCGGGUUCCCGGUGCCAGCGGGACUGUCGCUCGAGCGACUGCAGGAAUCGGGGAAUCUGAUUGCAUUGGACCUGGUGGAGAUCAAUCCCGACAUCGUGCCCUCCCGGCUGGAUCUGACAGUCAAUGCUGGCUGUCGGUUGAUCAAGACUGCGCUGGGAGUGGAGUGA